AUGCCGAAGUCUACGAAGCUUUUCAAGCUUAAUUGGGCGUCUUCUGAGCCCCAUGAAAAAAAGCCAGUCCCUAAGCCAGUUGUAGAGAAGAAAAGUAUGGGUAAGAGCACCUCAGGAGUGUCCUCCUCUUGGGCGGAUAAGGUUAGAGUGAUAGAGGUCGGGUCCCAUUUCACCCUUGAAACUGUGGACCUUGAUAUUAAGGAUGACAUCUUACUUAUACCGGAUGAUGUUAUUGAUGACAAUGAUGUUGAAUGGCUUCGCUAUAUUGUGGGUUAUUUCCCGGGGUACUCUAUGCCUUUUCAUGUUGUUCGCUCAAUUGCUUUCCGUGCAUGCGAAGCAGCGGGGUUGGAAGAUGUUAUGUCCAUAGGUACUGGUUUCUACAUUUUUAGAUUUAGGGAUGAAGAUGCGUUUACUUUUGAUAAAAGUCGCAUCUCUAAGGUUCCAGUAUGGGCUCAUUUGCAUGGUUUGCCUUAUCCUUUGUGGUCCCACAAAGGAGUCUGCAUGGUUUUUUCUAUGUUGGGUGGACCAUUGUCUAGUGAUAAGACAACAUCAGAGCGGACCCGUUUGGAUUAUGCUCGAGUAUGUGUUGCGCUAGAUGCAGCAAAGCCUCUAAGACGUCAUUUUGAAUUUCAAUGCCGGUUAUCUGCGGAACCCAUUCAGAUUACAGUGGAAUAUGAGUGGACCCUCAAGAGGUGCCCUAAGUGCUGUGUUUUUGGUCAUGUUUGUCACCAACCAGAGGUACCUACUGUGGCUAUAGCUCAAGGGCAAUCUAAGAACUGCGAGCCUUUGAGGCAGUCAGCCACUAUUGAUCCCAUUAGGGAGAGAGAAAGGGAUGUUUCAAUGCCAUCUGCAGUUUCAGUUUCAGUUUCGAGUACAGUUAGAGUUGGGGAUGCUUCUUUGGCUCUGGUCCCGUAUCAGCAGACUGUUCGUGCUAGCAGAGGUGAAUUUUCUGGCUUUGAAUCAGGGUCGGAAUCUGAUUCACCUUUUCCUAUUGAGGAUGAGCAGGACUGGAGUUGGAAUAUUAGAGGCCUUAAUGGCUUCUCGAAACAACGCGCAAUGUGGAAUUGGAUUUCUGACUCUUCUUUGGGUUUGAUUGGUUUGUUGGAGACUAAGGUUAAGCAGUCUCAUUUACAGUCGGUGGCUUCUUUAGUUUGUCCUUCGUGGCAGUUUUUGUCUAAUGCGACAUAUUCUAUUGCUUGCCGUGUUCUUGUAUGUUGGGACUCUUCUCUUUACUCUGUAAAUAGUCUUCAUUGCUCUCUUCAGGAGAUUACUUGCAGGGUUACUCAUGUUUCUAAGGGGUUCUCAUUUAGGAUUACUUUUGUGUAUGGUUCUAAUGACCUUAGGAAUCGUCGCAAUCUGUGGGAUUUCCUUAGGGAUCAGUCGGCAGUGUUUGAUUCAGAGGGGCUCCCGUGGCUUGUGUUUGGUGAGUUUAAUACCAUCUUGGGAGCCUUUGAUAGAGUGGGUGGUGAUCCUGCAUUGUAUGGUUAUAUGGAUGAUUUUCGCCAAUGUAUCCAUGAUGCUGAGUUGAUUGGGGUUCCCUUUACUAGGCUUCGGUAUACUUGGCAUAAUGGUCAACAGGGCGAUGGGAUUAUUUUAUGGAAGCUUGAUUGGGUCUUUGCAUCACUUUCUUGGUUCCUUGAUCGACCGAACAUAGUUUCAGAGUUUUGA